AUGUCUAAGGAUGACGCAUGCAAAGUGACAUCUGCCAGCAAACACAAGGAGCGUAAGCCCAAGAAGCCUCACUAUAUUCCCCGGCCAUGGGGCAAACCCUACAACUACAAAUGCUUCCAGUGCCCAUUCACCUGCAUGGAGAAGUCCCACCUUUACAACCAUAUGAAAUACAGCCUGUGCAAGAACUCCUUGUCUCUGCUCAUAGAGUCAGACUGGCCCUAUAAAAAGGGUAACAUCAUACACCCGGAACAGCUACGAGCCUUUCAGCAGGUACAUGGUCUCCACACUACUGGGAAAGAUGAGCUAGAGCAGGUAAUGCGGACUGAGGAGAGACAGAGGCAGCAAAAGGCUGUGGAGGAUGAAGGAGAGAACAGAGAAAUCUGUGGGCUGCAAGAUGAAGAAGAGGGAGGACGGGGAGGACGGGGAGAGGGAAUUGAGCUCACUGGGUUGAUGAAAGAAAGCUCCAGUAACAGCAGCAACAGAGAUGGUACAGAGUGUGCUACCAAGAAAACCAAGCAGCCAGAGUCAGAGCUUCUGAUGGCUGACAUGCUCUCCCUGGAAGAUCAGAUUUUACGAGCACGCUCAAUAGAAGUAGAGGCCCAGCUGAAACACUACAAGUUGUCUAAGACUUGUUUAACAGCUCCUGGGCUAUUGUCAGAGCAGUGGCGGCUGUUAGGGUCCAGCCACACUAAGGCCAAAACAGAAGGAGCUCAGCCUCGAGUGAGUAGUUCAGUUCCCUGUUAUCCUCCUCCACCAAACCUGGUGGACUACCAGGAUCCCACUGGACUCAACCUAUCAGUGCUUGGGGUAGGCUAUCCCAUCAGCCCCAGCCUCUUCUCCUAUAUGAACUCAACUAUUCCCACUGCUGCUACUGGUGUCACUGCCCAGACCCACGCACAGCUCACCCAGCUUCCCUUCUUGGCGUCAGCUGCUCAGCUGACGCACUCAGCCUCUGGCACACCCAUAGACAGGGCUCUCAUCCCCCCUCGUCUCUACUACCCAUUCCUGUGUGAGCACACACUCGGACCAGCCUCUGGUCAGAGUGAUGCCAGCAAAGUGCUCAAGAUGCCCACAAACAGUCUGGAAGCGAGUCCCCUGUCUGGCUUCCAGCCUAAAGUCAAUCUGUGGAAAGUGCCUGCCCUGCGGCCAGGGACCACUGCAGUGUCCCCCAGUGGCUGGGUGUCACCUCAUAGAGACUCCCCUGAGCAGGGCUACAAGCUUGGGGAUAAACUGCAGGCUACUACCAAGGAAGGCCGAGCAAUCUGGGGCCUCAAGAGGACAGGGGCUCCACUGGGAAAUCUUGAGGCACCUGUGGAGAAGAAGCCAGCCAUGGGCUUCACUACGGACCUCCUGAAGAAUAUUCAGACUGCAUCGACACUUAAUAUAGCAGCGGACAAACUCCUUUUCCAGAGCAGUCUGCAGGAUGCUCAGCUUCAGACCCGGCCCAUUGAACUGUGGUGCAGUGAUUCUCUCACCAGUCCCAACAGUGAAACAUCCUCUCUUUCAACUAGUGGGGGAGCAAACAGCCAAGACGGGACUGCUGGCCAGACAAUGGGAGAGGUAGCCUCGGAGUCUGUGGCUGCUCUCCUCAGUGACCUCUCCAAGGCCUUGCAGGAGUACCAGGAAGCUGAACGCAAAAUCUCUCACCUGGAGAAGGAGGACCUACCCGUCCAACGCCACCUCUGGGAACACCUGAGCAAAAUCCGCACCGAGCUCUCCCACAUCCACGAGGCGCUGGAGCGGACAGCUCGCCAGAGUGAGGGCCCUCUCGACCUGUCGGUCAAGAGGGAUUCGAUCAAUUCAGCCAGUGACCAGGGCAUGAGAGAGGAUGGCAGCCUUAAAGACAACACUACAGAGACAGAGGAGGAUGAGGAGGAGCUGGAGGAGAAAAAGGAGGAAGACGAUGAUGAGAUUGAGAGGAAGGUGAUGAAGAUGACACUGGAGAGUCGCAAACACUCAUUAGACAUGCUGAUUAAAAUGAGUCAGGCGUCGAUGGUAAACACAGAGGUUCUCGGCAUGAGGCCCAGUCCAGCUGAAGCAUUAUGGCCAAGCAGAACCACAAAGUGUGAGGCGGACUCCAGCGUCCUGCUCUGCCCCGACGGCCGCUCAGUGGUGUUCACUGACAUCUCUGCCUCUGCCAAAACUCCAAAAAGGGCCCCGUCCAUACAACGGCGAGAGGCCCAGUGUCCUCCAAGCCCUUUGACAGCUGCUGACAACUGAACUGCUGUUCUCCUGUAAUAUAACUAACUCCAUGCUGUUGUUCAAAUGCAGUUGUCUUUGACUUUCACUGGCUGGAAGUGGACUGUCACUCCCCUUCUCAGUUUACCUUCACAAAAUACUUUGCACCUUAGAGGAAAAAUGCAGAGUGAAUGAUAAUUUGAAAGAGAAGAAUUUGUAAUA